CCCAGUAGGCCCAGAGCAAGCCUGGAGGGAGGCAGCCUGUGAUGGAAGCCCGCCCAGAGGCCCCCCGCCUGUGCUGGGCCCCCUGGCUCCUGGGAUUCACCAGCCUCCUCCUCAGCGCCUUCAGCACUGUGGUCAGGAGCCCUGGGGCCCAUGGGUCUGACGUGGAGGAUUCUGGAAGCCGAGUUUCCCUGAAGGGGAUUCAAGGAGGCUCUGUGGUGUUUCAUGUGAUCAGACGACCAGACGUCCCUCCUGAAGCCGAGCUGGAGAAGGUCUCUUGGGCCGUUAAGAACAAGACAAACUACGUGGUCCUCCUGCGCAUCUCUCCUGGGGUAGAUGGUCCAGAAUGGGUCAACUUCCGGGACAGGUUGGAGAAGAGGGUCCAUGUGCUCAACACGACGACCCUGAGGAUGGACAAGCUGACCCUGGAGGACAGUGGGUGGUACCGGGCUCGAUCCUGCUUCACCUCAGGGAUAGAAAUUUCCCAGUAUUUCCACCUCAGUGUGUACGAGCCCGUGGCCCGUCCCCAGAUGCUGGCCGAGAUUCUGACUGUCACACCAGACUGGUGCAACGUCACCCUGGAGUGCCACCCCACGGGAACCACGGGGGCUGUGACUGUGUCCUGGGAGAGCAAGGGCCUCCCCAGGGAGCUGAAGCAGACGGGGGCCCCGGGUCCGGCCCCCACCCCCUGGACCCUGGCUCUGCACCUGCCCCUGAGCCGGCCUAGCCCUAGCGUCACCUGUGUGGUCAGCAACCCGGUGGGCCAGGAAAGUGCCACCCGGGACCUCGGGGAGGUCUGUGGCCACGUCUCUGAGGGGGAAACAGGUCCACGCGGACAGGCUGGUGCGUGUUUACUGCGACUCCUCCUGGGGGUUCUCGGGGUCUUGCUGCUGGUCCUCGGAGCUGGGCUGUACCUGUGGUGCCCACGUGGGGAGAGGAAGCACGUGGAGCCUGGAAGAGCUGUGGCAGGAUCCUCUGUCCACAUGGCAGGGAUCGGAGGAACCACAUCCAGGACAGGAGACGCCUCUCAUAUUGUCUACACUGAGGUCCGCUCGCCAGGCCAGGUCGUGUCGAAGAUUUAAUGGGAAGAAGCAGGGAAUCCGGCCUCUGGGGACACCUGUGCUGUGAGGGUGAGGCCUGCAGCCCUGGUCCUGCCCCUCCCCCUCUGACUGCCCUGAGCAGGGGUGGGUUUAGCAACAUUGGUGAAUUUCUGCGGGAACUCAUCUCCAUGUUCACCAGAGAACACAGGUCGUGGUAGACCGAGGGAGGACCUGAAUUUUAAAUUGAUCUAAACCUGCUUUCCAGUUUUGUUCGGCUUCAGCCUCUUGCCCACAGACCCCACUCUCCCCACAUACAGGACAUGAAUCAGCCUGUCAGAACCUCAGCCUCUGGGACAAAGUCAUUGUGGAUUCACACUGUCCAGCCUCGAUCGGAUUAGCCCCUCCCACAGUCAGGAUGUGCUCCAGAGCUACUUAACUAGGAACUUUACUUAACUAGGAACUCAGACCAGUGGGGCUCACUGAGCACUGGGCCAUGACAGGCAUGGAUCUCACCCUUCUCUGUGUCCCUAACUCACUGAGUCCUAGUAGACACUGUGAGCUGGGAUCCUUGUGCCCACUUUACGUGCGAGACGCAGGAGACCAGGAAGGCUGAGGCUCAAGGCCACCUGAGCAGCUCCCCAGCCGGGGGACGAGGCUCCAGGGCCCGAGUUCCCAGCCCCGUCUAUUCUCCUGCGUCCUGGGAACACCCUCCCUUCU